AUGGGUUAUAAAAACAAGCACCAUCCACAGUCUUCUUAUGCAAGAAUUCAUUCUAGAUACCAAAGCGGUGGCUAUUCUAAUGCAGGUACAAGAGAAUCCUUAUUAAGAAGAAUAGGAGCAUUAGAGGAAUCUAUUGAUGAUAUUUUAAAAGAAUAUGAGACGAAUUAUAAGGAAACUUUGCAUUUUUUGUCUAACCGUGAUCAUUCUAAAUAUAUCCAGAACAUUGACCCUUUCAAAAACAAUAAUGAUCAACCACGAAACCUUGAUCAAUCUUCCACUAAAAUUGAUGUUAAUAAAAAUACAGAACUUUCCACUAAAGUUCCCCCUCAAGAAACGCAUUCAGGCUUGCCUGAAAAAAUAGAGCCAAGAGCUGCUACAAAAGAAAAUAUAAUAUCUUCAACAAGUAUUCAAAAAUCUUCUUCUGAAAGUAAGCCAGCACUAAAGAAUGUCCAAUCAACCAUACUAAUUUCGAACUUUGAGGACAACUUAACUGAGAUUGCUAAGAAGUCUGUGAAUUGUUCUAUAGAUAUACCAAAAACCUCCCAAGAUAAUCAUAUUGUUUCAGUAGUACAUUCAGUAAGUUUUCCAGAACCUAGAAAAGAGACAAAUGAUAAAUUAAAUCCAAUAUCUACCCAUCAUUCGGUACCUAAGACUACACCAUCUGAUACUACUAUAGAGAAUGAUCUAAUUGCUACUAUUCAAUCUGAUACUAAAGCUACUCUUUCCGCAGCACCAAUUGUCUCCGUUGGUUUAGAAAUUCCCUCUAAGGAUCUUAACAGUUCACACUUAAUUAACAAAAAUCUUAAUCAAAUUUCUCAAACAGAUGUUCCAAAAAUUCAAUCAGGAUUAAAUUUAGAUGUGCAAGAAAGAAAUGCAGCACUAAACAAAACAAAUGAGGUAGUGAAUCAAAGAAUGUCCCAUUCAAUAGCUGUUGCUGAAACGAAAUGCAAGAAUAACUCAAAACCACAUUCAGUUAGUCGUACUGAAUUAUCUACAAACGAGGCACUUGACUGUAAAACUACUACUUCAAUUAACAGUCCUAAAGAGAAGGUUCAGAAUGAUAAGACAAAUGAGAAUUUUCAAAAUGAACCAGUAAAAACACAAUUAACUCCUGAAAAUACCAAAAUUUCAUCAGCGGACAAUGAUAAGAUGAACAAGAUACUAAAACUUCCAGUAGCUCAACCUCCAGAACAAGUUAUUUCCCCAAUUGUAAAACACGGCGCUAGUAUUACAGCUUGUGAUGUAAAUAAAGCAUCUGAUGAUGGUACUUCUCUUAAUAAACUCACCUUAAAUAAAAAUAAUGAAAUAAAAGAAAUACCACUUUCUAAUGGAAAGUCAAAGACUACUAUUACCAAAAGAGAAUCAGUUAUAUGCUCAGAUAAGGUUAAUACAGAUCAAGUCAGUAGUAAUGGGAAUGUGACUUCAUCUGAUUUAGUUCUAUACAAUAAGCCAAAGAAUACUGAUAUUGUUGCAGACCAUGCCAUGGUUAUUGAAUUAGCGUCAGAUCGUCAAGUUAAACAACCUUCUGAAUUCAACGAUGAUAAAGCUAAAGCGCUUGGUUUUCCAACUGCUCCGUGCAAGUCUCAAACGGACUUGCCAAAGCAACGAUCAUCUAUACAAAUUGAUACUGUAGGGAAUAAAUUGGUUAUCCAGACCUUUGAUCUACAAGAUGAUAACGAAACUAACAAGAUAAAUGAUGGUGAUACUUCAAAGAAUGCAGCUACAGCAGUUGUAUUAAGGGAGACAGAUAUUUCUCCGCACGGUGAUGUAUCUGACGCAACUAAUAGUGAGCUUUCAUUCCUUAGACAUAUUUGUAAUAAUUAUCUAAAUAUUUCCCACAUGUUGACUACUAUCAAGUUCAAAAAAUUGUGCUGUAUUUCUUCCAAGAAAGAGAAGCCAAUAGGCUUAUUUGGCAUUGCGAAUCAUGGUGACACUUUACAAUUGUUAUCAUUAAAUAGCGAUCAGAUUAGCGCAAUUGGCAAGCAUUGGGAUGUAUUUGUUAGUAUGUUGAAGGCUUUUAAUGAGACUGAGGAAAGAUUAAAAAAGUUUCUUGUAUGGCAAGGAUUUGUGGCAGGAACUACUUUUCCACCUGGAAAAUUGACCACAUUUUAUUGGAUGGAUACCUAUUAUAAGCAUGUGUACGGUAGUAGUAUAUACAAGAAGGUUGAUGGAAAUGAAUCCUUUAUAGCUCCUGAAAAACCAUUUUGUAAACAAUUCUGCAAGUACGGUGAAUGUAAUACCAAAAAAUGUAGGUUCAUUCAUGAUAAGAAAAAUAUUGCUUUAUGUAAGGAUUACUUCUUUAGAGGUGCAUGUUAUAAGGAUUGUAAUCUAACCCAUCAGCCUCGCGGUAACGCAAAUGUUAUUCCUGUAUGCAAAUAUGACUUCUUUGGCACAUGUAAUUAUCCUUUUGGUGCUGAGACAGGGGAAUAUGGCCCCGAUUAUUGUAAAUAUGUGCACAAUUCAAAAGCUAGAAAGGAUUACCCAAAUUGUAUGAGCUUUGCUUACGGUAGUUUCUGUGAGGACGGACUAAAUUGUGAAUUUCCCCAUGUUUGGGAAUGCUUUAAUGAGUAUAUGGGUAUACCCUGUGUUUUCUCAGGAUGCACAUAUUCACACUCAAAUAAAUCCCUUGCAGAACCUGGUUUUACCCACAAGAUUCCAUUAAAUAAGAUCCCUGAUAAAGCAUACUUAACUAAAAGUAAAAUUUUAAGUGGGCAUCACACGAUUACGCCUCAUUAUCAUUCUGAACAAUCAUCUAGUGGAAUUAAGCGCUCAAGAGGUAGCAAUUUUCAUGAAGAUGAUAAUCAGAUACACAAGAAGCCUAGAUCUAAAACCUUGGAAGAAAAGCUAGAUCUUCCUGCUAAAGGUCCUAAUAAUGGCACAUAUAGAAGGAAUGUUGGUACAACUCCGACUGUAAGAUUAGACGAAGAAUUCAUCCCCCUAUAG